AUGGAUAGCGCGGAGAAGUGGCACAUCGAGUUAACUGUUAAUCCUGACGAUACGAUUCAUCUGUUGCAUACGUUGACGCACGAGAUCGGUCACGCAUUAGGAUUAUAUCACAGUCCUUUAAAAGAUGCGAUAAUGUACGCUUUUGUUCCCUCUAAGACCUUUCCCGUGCGAUUGAGCGAGGCAGAUGUUCUCGCCAUUCAGAAUUUAUACGGUUUAAGAAAUAAGAGCGAAAUUGCGGGACCAGUUACGACGACCGUAGCGACGACCACGAUUGCGACGCGCGAUACGGGGAAUUCCGCGGAUCUUUGCGCGUUGCGACGCGUUGAUGCGGUAUUAGUAUUAGAAAAUAGAAUGUAUGUGGCGUAUCGACAUUACUUAUGGUCGGUCGAUUUAAACGGAAAAUCUUACGGUAGAUCGUUGUUACUGACGGACUAUUUGCGUUUUCUUCCCGAUAAUUUUACGCGUUUGGCGGGUGCGUAUCGACGACCUUCGGGCCAACUCGUAUUGUUUGUUGACAAUACGGUUUAUAUGAUAGAAUAUCCGAGUUUUGAGUUAGUACCGGGUUGGCUGAGGAAAUUGAGAGAUAUGAAUCUUCCUCCUAAUGCGAAAAUUAAUGCUGUGAUUAAUACUAACGCGGGACGAACGUUCGCGAUCUACAACGACGAGAUCGUGGCCGAGAUCGACGAUUGCUCGAUGAUAGCCGUCAGGCAUAAUUCGUUGCACGCGAUAUUUCCUGGGAUUCCACCUGCU